AUGGACACCGACGAUCCUAGUCAGCCGCUUCUGUCCCAACAACGUCGCCGCGCCAGCACUUUCCGAUUGCCGGCGUGGUCGAUCGGAGCCCCCCUCGUCAAGACAGCAUCUGUCAGCGAAGUCCAUCCGCACCAUGACGAGGUCGAGCCUGUCCUGCCCGCGGCUCCCGUUGCUGCAACUCAUGAGACUCGCCUGCACAAGCCCAAUUGGGCCCUGAGCGAUGAGCCACCAAAUGCUUGGGCCCAAUUCCGCCAUGCUUGGCGUGAGGAAUUUGCAGAAUUCUGGGGCACAUUUUUGAUCCUGCUUUUUGGAGCCGGUGUUGAGUGCCAGGUGCGGCUGAACUACCACUCAUCCGACAUUCGAGGCAAUGCCGGUGACUUUCUGCAAUGCCGUCUUGCUUGGGCCGCUGGAGUAGCCCUUGCUGUCUGGAUGGCCGGCGGUGUAUCUGGAGGGCAUUGCAAUCCAACAGUUACUCUUGCCCUCGCCCUUUUCCGUGGCUUUCCCAUACGCAAGGUGCCCAGUUUCAUCAUCGCCCAAGUUGCUGGCGCAACCGCCGGCAGUCUCGCCAUUUACUUCAACUACGUAACAAGCAUCUCCGCGUAUGAAGGCGGCUCUGACGUCCGCACCAUCACCGGCCCGCAUGCCACAGCUGGUUUAUUCUUCACUCUCCCUGCACCGCAUUUGCCAUACCUUGGGGCCUUCUAUACCGAAGUCCUGGCAUCAGCAACCUUAGUGGCCGUUGUUUUUGCUCUUGCCGACAAGAGCAACCUUGCACCACCCAAAGGGACACAGCCAUUUGCCAUGUUCCUGACACUCCUCGCCAUAGGCUCGGCACUGGGGAUCAAUACCGGCUACGCCAUGAACGGGGCACGAGACACAGGGCCCCGUAUUGCCUUGGCCAUCGUUGGAUAUGGACCUGGGGUAUUCACACACCAUCACCUGUACUGGCUUUGGGCCCCAUGGGCCGGCGCCAUUGUGGGCGGACUCAUAGGUGCAUGCAUUUAUGACGGUUUCUUGUACACUGGGAGAGACUCGCCGUUUAACGUGCCCAAGAUAUCUGACUGA